UCUAUCAAUUGUCAUUUAUGCCCGCAUACUAAAAUGGAGAUCACAAACCUAUCUUCUCUAUUCUCCUUCUUCAUUUUAGCAAUGGCUUUCAUACCCAGCGCCCUACCCACCAACAUCACCACAGAUCAAUCCUCUCUUCUUUCUUUGAAAUCCUACACCACCUUAACUCCCAACCAUACAUUGGCAAGUAACUGGUCAAUCAGUGCUUCUAUUUGCAACUGGAUUGGAGUUGUUUGCGGAUCCAAACACCAUAGAGUGGUUGCAUUAGACAUAUCAAAUAUGGGUAUUGUGGGUACCCUUCCUCCACAAUUAGGCAACCUCUCAUUUCUUGUUUCUCUUAACAUAAGUCACAACAGUUUCUAUGGAAAUUUGCCUAGAGAGUUAGCCAGCCUACGCCGACUACAAUACAUAGAUUUUGGUUAUAAUAAUUUUAGUGGAAAAAUUCCAGAGGAGAUUGGGAAUCUUGAGAAUGCAGAAUGGCUGAUAUUGGAAGUUAACCAACUUGAUGGUCCUAUCCCCUUCACCAUAUUCAACAUUUCCACAUUACAAAAUUUGUUCCUCAGCGGCAAUAGCUUAUCUAGCUCUCUUCCAAUGAAACUAUGUCAACAUGGUACAAGACUCAAAGUGCUUGGCUUGUCUUUCAACAAGUUGAACGGUUAUAUCCCAAAGAAUUUAUCAGGUUGCUCAGAACUUGAACAAUUGCGGUUGGCAUACAACAAUUUUGUCGGGACAAUUCCGAGAGAGAUUGGGAGCUUGAAUAAGCUUCAGAUUUUAAGUCUCGUUGGUAACAACUUUGAAGGUGAAAUACCAAGAGAGUUGGGAAAUCUUGAUCGACUAGAGAUCCUUAGGUUGCAUCAUAAUGGAUUAAGUGGUUCUAUUCCGUGGGGAAUCUUCAAUAUUUCAACUCUUAAAGAACUGGAACUGUCAUUUAAUGAACUUUCAGGUACUCUUCCAACAUCUUUAGGUUAUUGGCUUCCCAAUUUAAAAGGAUUGUAUCUUUGCGAAAACUAUAUUGGAGGAGUUAUACCUCCCAAAAUCUCAAAUGCUUCCAACCUUGCUGUUAUUGAACUUGGCACGAACCAAUUCACAGGCUUCAUUCCGAAUUCCCUUGGAAACUUAGCACAACUCAAUUAUCUAAGUCUGGCUAGGAACAAUCUAACAACUGAUCCUCAAUUUAGCCUUAUGACUUCAUUGGCAAACUGUAGAUAUAUCCAUGUCUUACAGUUACCAAAUAACCCUUUAAACGUCGUGCUCCCAAACGCAAUCGGCAACCUCUCCACUACUCUCCAAGUUUUCAAUUUAGAAAAUUGUAACAUUAGGAGACGAAUUCCACAUGAGAUUGGAAAUCUAAGCAGCUUAUACGAGUUGUCUUUAAGGUCCAAUGACAUUAGAGGAUUUUUGCCUACAACCUUUCAGGCUCUUCAGAGUCUUCAAGCAUUCGACAUAUCAGAGAACAGAUUAAUAGGAUCAUUUCCGGAUGUGAUUUGUGAACUACAGAAUUUGUUUGCGAUAGAUUUAGGUAAAAAUAAAUUUUCAGGUCCAAUCUCGGAUUGUUUAAGGAACGUCUCUUCCUUGAGAGUGAUCUAUCUGAACGAAAAUGAAUUCACUAUCUUCCCUCCUACCCUAUGGAGCCUUCCAAAUCUUUUGAUGCUCGACUUGGAUUCGAAUAACUUGAGCGGUUCUCUACCUGAAGAAAUCGGGAAUGCAAAGACGGCAAUACUUAUUGAUCUCUCAUAUAACAAACUAUCUGGAGAAAUUCCGAGUAGUAUUGGAGGGUUGACAGAGUUGAUGAAUUUUUCUGUGGCUCAUAACACAAUCCAGGGUUCUAUUCCUGACACAUUAAGCAAACUCCUGGAUCUACAUUCAUUGGAUCUUUCCAAUAAUAAAAUCUCCGGAAUGAUUCCCAAGUCAUUGGAGGGACUUAUAAGUAUGAACUAUUUCAAUGUUUCAUACAACAAAUUAACCGGAGAAAUUCCAAGUGGAGGCCAGUUUGCCAACUUCACUUAUGAAUCAUUCUUGGGGAAUGAGGGUCUAUGUGGUACUCCUCGGAUGCAUGUCCCACCGUGCCCUGUUAAUACUCUGCAUCAAUCAAAGAAGGACAGAGUGGUUCUCAUUGUACUUGUCUCGUUGGCAGUUCUUAUAGUACUAAUUGCUUCUGUUUCUGUGCUAUGCAUCUUCAAGAGGCACAGUAGGGAGGAGGUUCAAGAUGAACCAAGCUUUCUGUUAGCAACAACACCAGCAAGAUAUUCGUACUAUGAACUCCAACGGGCAACAAAUGGGUUUGAUGAAAGCAACUCACUAGGUAGUGGAAGCUUUGGAUCAGUUUAUAAAGGGAUUUUAACAAAUGGGAUGCACGUAGCUGUCAAGGUUUUCCGUUUGGAACAUGAAGGUUCAAAUAGGAGUUUUGACAGUGAAUGUGAGGUUUUACGCUGCAUUCGUCACAGAAAUCUCACAAAGGUCCUUGGCAGUUGCUCCAACUUGAAUUUUAAAGCAUUGUUGCUAGAGUAUAUGCCCAAUGGGUGUUUACAUAAGUGGCUGCAUUCUCACAGUUAUUUCUUGGACAUGAUACAAAGAGUGAGUAUAAUGAUAGAUGUGGCAUCUGCUUUGGAAUAUCUCCACUAUGGUUACUCCAAUCCUAUUAUCCAUUGCGACUUGAAACCCAGUAAUGUGUUAAUAGAUGCUGAUAUGGUGGGCCAUUUGAGUGAUUUUGGUGUUGCAAAGCUCUUAGGAGAUGGAAAUUCCAUUGCCAUUACAAACACCUUAGCAACAAUUGGUUACAUUGCUCCAGAGUAUGGGCAAGAAGGUCUUAUAUCCACACGUAGCGAUAUGUACAGUUAUGGUAUUAUGUUGCUGGAGGUUUUCACGAAGACUCAGCCUGGAGAUGAAAUGUUCAGUGAAGAUUUAUGUCUGAGAAGUUGGGUGCACAAUGCACUUCCUACAAAUACAAGUCAGAUUAUAGAUCCAAAUUUAAUUGAACCAGAUGAAGAGAAGUACGAUGAAAAGUUGCAGUGUGUGUCGGCUAUCUUUGAGAUAGGCAUUAAAUGCUCAACAAAAUCCCCUCGAGAGAGGAUGAAUGUGAAAGAUGCCUUAUCAGCAUUGAUAAAGAUCAAAGCCCAACUUCUUUCCCUGUAUGCAAGUAUUUAGAGUAGUAUGUAUUAGCAUCUCCUAUUGUAUCUUUCUUUAAAAUGUAAAUAAAAUGCAGCAGAUACAGUUUAUGUACAGAAAUCCUAUUUAGUCAUUUACUAGGUCUUCUUCAGCUGCA